CAAGAUGGCCGAUUUCGAGGAUCGGGUGUCGGAUGAGGAGAAGGUACGCAUAGCUGCUAAAUUCAUCACCCAUGCACCCCCAGGAGAGUUUAAUGAAGUAUUCAAUGAUGUUCGGCUACUACUUAAUAAUGACAAUCUCCUCAGGGAAGGGGCAGCACAUGCAUUUGCCCAGUAUAACAUGGAUCAGUUCACACCUGUGAAGAUAGAAGGAUAUGAAGAUCAGGUCCUAAUAACAGAGCACGGUGAUCUGGGUAAUAGCAGAUUUUUAGAUCCAAGGAACAAAAUUUCCUUUAAGUUUGAUCACUUACGGAAAGAAGCAAGUGACCCCCAGCCAGAGGAAGUAGAUCGAGGUUUGAAGUCUUGGAGAGAAUCCUGUGACAGUGCUUUAAGAGCCUACGUGAAAGAUCAUUAUUCCAACGGCUUCUGUACUGUUUAUGCUAAAACUAUAGAUGGGCAACAGACUAUAAUUGCAUGUAUUGAAAGCCACCAGUUUCAGCCUAAAAACUUCUGGAAUGGUCGUUGGAGAUCAGAGUGGAAGUUCACAAUCACACCACCUACAGCCCAGGUGGUUGGAGUGCUGAAGAUUCAGAAUGAAAUCCAAACUGCCAAGGACUUUAUUAAAAUCAUAGAGAGUGCAGAAAAUGAGUAUCAGACAGCAAUUAGUGAAAACUAUCAAACAAUGUCAGAUACCACAUUCAAGGCCUUGCGCCGGCAACUCCCAGUUACCCGCACCAAAAUCGACUGGAACAAGAUACUCAGCUACAAGAUUGGCAAAGAAAUGCAGAAUGCUUAAAAGCUGACUAUAGGAUUCUUCAGUGUGUGGAAGGAAAAGGAGUCAACGUGGUCAUAUGAUAAAUAAGUGAUUUAUAAACAAGAGUGAUAUUUUGCUAGGGCUUUCAAAGUUAACUGAUUUUCUAGCCUCAUGGAAUACUGUUGAACCUAUAGCAUUGUCUUAGUAUUUUUUUUUUUGUGUUCUCUACCUUGUAGUUCUCUGUUAUCACUAUAUCUACUAGUGUAAAUCUUUUUUUUUUCCCCCUCCUUGCUACAUUUAAUGGAGAGAUCUAUCCUGGAGUCAUUUUACAGUUUAGAAAAUUUUCCUAGCCAUGAAUUCCUGUUAUUGAUUUAAACAGAAAAUAUGGUCAGUAGGGGUUUUGUUGUUGUUGUUUUUAACCCCUAUUCUUCAAAGCACUUCUGGUACCUGCAGUAGUUUUUACUGAUCCACCAACAGCUAAAGAGGCUAUGCUACAAAUUAGCUAAAUAGAAGACACAUUCAUCCUUCUCCCUCUGCUUAGAUCAUCACCUAUAACAUCUCACAAAUGUAGUUUGCAGAAGUUUAGACUUUUCAGAUCUAUAGGUUGCGGGGGUGCGCAGAGGAAAUUUUCUAGAAAUUCCAUGAUACUUGGCUUCUCUGGGGAUCUUGUUUUUAAAUCCAAAGAGUUGAACCACAUUCCUUACACAUGAACAUUUGCUUUUUUUUCAUUCUCGCAUUGUCUUCUCAUUAAGCAGCAUUGUAGUUAGAAACAUCUACAUUUUUAGGCAAGUUCUGCCCAUUUAUAUUUUUGUUUCCUCUCCAAGAACUGCUGACAUAUUGUGGAUGUAGUAGAGUAUGAAACUUGAAAAACAUAGAUGUUGAAGGAAUGAAUAAUAGGUAUCUUGUGCUUUAAGAUUUUGUGGCAGGAUUGUAAUAUAAGCAAAUGAAACAGACAACUAUGUAAAUCACAAAAACUAAAAAUGAACCAAAGUGAAAAGGAUAACUUCCAGGCAGUAUCUUUCUAUUAUUACCUGUUAUUUAAGGGAAUACUAGUGUUUUCUUCUAAAUAGGUAUAAAACUUGUUCCAAAUUACUCUUCCUUGAUCCAGCCUGCCAAGAACUCAUGUAACUGUGAUAUAAGCAACCCUUCCCAGGUAUAUUGGCAGGUAUGUUUAUGAUCUCAGAAUAUGCAGGUAACAUAGAUAUGAUAAUGACAACUGGUAAUGGUGGAUUCAUUUACAUUGUUUACACUUCUAUGACCAGGCCUUAAAGGAAGGUCAGUUUUUUAAAAACCAAGUAGUGUCUUCCUACCUGUCUCCAAAUAAUUGUCAAAACAGAAGGGUGUUUGUGCUUCAGCUUUGUUUUUGCUCUGUAAUACAGUCAAGCAACAGUUUGUUUCUCAGUGAAAGCUAUGUAAGCAUUUUUGUUUAUUUCAAAUAAAAUAUAUUUGUAUUAUUUGUCAUUCA